ACAACAGUACCACGCGACGUUAAAUACGGGCACAACUCGUGAACGACGGCGGCGCCUAGCGGUGACAUCGUCCCCUCGACUCCUCCUCCAUCCCCGACGCGGCGGCGCCAGCCUGCAGAUUAGCUUAUUACCACCAUGGGUAAAAGAAAGCGGUCGUCAUGUCAACGAGAUAACCAUAAUGAUUCUCUAGCCAGCAAAAUAAUGAGAACUAGAAUCCCAGAUCUUCCUGAGGACAUUUGGUCUCAUGUACAUUCCCUAAUGCCAAUGCGUGAUGCUGGCCGUGCUGCUUGCCUAUCUCGUGCCUUUUUACGUUCCUGGAGACGUCAUCCUAAUCUUAUCUUUAAUAAGGAUACGAUUGGCAUGAAAAAAAAUUCAUAUGGAGAGAAUUUCCACCACAAAAUUAGCCGCAUUCUCAGGAAUCACUCUGGCAUUAGUUUGAAAACAUUCAAGCUUGACUACAGUGGCAUGUGUGGGUUCGAUGGAACUAGUUAUCUUGACAGUUGGCUUCAGGCUGCUCUUAAUCCAGGGAUUGAAGAAGUCACCCUCUGGUUGUUCCAUACAAGGAGAAUAUAUGAAUUCCCAUGCUCACUUUUAUCUGAUGGGGUUCGAAAUUCACUUCGGUACCUUAAACUUCGUUGUUGUGCUCUCCGUCCCACAGUUGAACUUGCCCCCAUGAGAAGCCUAACAAGUUUACAUUUGUCCUUUGUGAGCAUUAAAUGGAAUGGGUUAAAGCGCCUCCUUUCCAACUCCCUUGCUCUGGAGGAAUUAGAGCUAGUAUGUUGUGACAAGAUCGUUUGCCUCAAGAUACCUUCUGCCCUGCAGCGUCUCAACAGCCUUAAUAUUUUUGGAUGCUCGGCCCUCAAAGUGCUAGAGAGCAAAGCUCCAAAUCUCUCUAGUCUUUCUCUUUCAGAUUUUGGAGGCGGGCUAGUCUUCUCACUUGUGAAAACAUUGCAAAUGAAGAAACUAAUCACUGAAAGUACUGUCUAUGAUGCUCGUACCAGGCUGCCAUCCAUUAUGCCCAAUCUUGAAACUCUUGUCAUAAACUCAUGUCAGCAGGUAUAUAUAUAUAUAUAUAUAUAUAUAUAUAUAUAUAUAUAUAUAUAUAUACACUAUUUAAAGAUAGAAGUUGAUGAUAUGAAUGGGUUACAUUUGUGAUUAUCUAGUGCAUAAGUUAUCUGAGAUGCAUGGCGUGUUUUUGUGCAGGUUGUUGAUGCACCAAUGCUGCCUACCAAAUUCCUCUGUCUUAAGCACCUGACCGUUCGCUUGUCAUCAGGAACAACCAUUACCCAGGCAUUUGACUAUUUCUCUUUGGUUUCUUUCCUUGAUGCGUCUCCUUCCUUGGAGACUUUUAUAUUAAAUGUGAGUGGGAAAGGCAUGAUCCAUGAAUCGAUUUCUGCACAUCCACAAUUGAGGCACACACCUGAGCACCACCAUGGCCACCUCAGGAGUGUGAAGAUAUGUGGUUUCAGCUCUGAGAAAAGCUUAUUUGAACUAACACGUUAUAUUCUUGAGAAUGCGGUGUCACUGAAAUUUCUUACACUGGACACCUUUUAUGGGGAUCGGUGUGGUCAGGGUAAGUGUACAAGUUGUUUACCCACGCCUGAUGUUUUUAUGGAUGUUUCCAAAGCGAUCUCAGGUAUCAAGACAUACAUCGAGAACAAAGUUCCAUCCACAGUUAAACUAACUGUUCUGGAGCCUUGCAGCCGGUGCCAUGUUAGAAGAGUAAUUUAGACACCAUCCUAGUCAUGCUACGUCACUUCCAUUUAAUUUAAUUUAAUUUGAGAAGAACCAUGCUUGUUUCCUGGAUUAUUUAUAGCUGUGUCCCGAUGCACAGCAAAUUUAAUCUCUGAUGAUGGACCGUGCUUGUGUUUCCUGAAUUAAUACAUGCCAACUGUUUAGUUUUGUAGUAUGGCAUGUGGAUUUAUUUAAGACAAGUUGACAAA